CUGAUAUUUACCACAUGAAUUUCGUCACAAGUCAUGCAUCAACCAACCUACAGUUUAAAACAUUGACUGACAUGCUGAUUAUUCGGCGUAAAAAACACAGAUUAACUAUACUACUAAAAAAUUUGUUCAUAAUGAAUUAUGAAAAAGACUAUAAGAUAUACUGUCAAAGAAGAUAAAAUUAUGCAUCUUCAAUAUGAUGAGAACAAUUGAAAGAAAAUCGGUAACAGAUUACAAGGAAUUGCGAAGGUGUUGAUCAAGCAAGAUAUUUACUUAUUUAUUUAUUGCAAUUCAAUUACCAAACGGAUAAUAACUCGCAUUAAUGUUUGCUUUCAACUGUAACACUGCAAUAUUCAUUUUACAAAUAUGUAUAUAUUAUCUGCGUCAGAUUUAUUGCAAUGACUGUGUACUACACAUUGAUGAUUUAAAUAAUUGCGCAAAAUUAGUUGGAAUUAAAAGAAUUCCCGAGAAGUAUGAAGGAUUUGGUUUCGGUUUCGGUUCAGUCAGUGAUGUGGAACACAUGUGUAGAACAAGAUGGCACAUAAAAGUGUACUCAUGUGCUCAAUUAACAAUUCUUGGUCGUUGUUCAAGCGAAUCGAAAUCACAUUUUCGCGAUGUAAUGUGGCGUUUUAUUUUUGAUACAACGCCAUAUGAGAAAGCAGCAAAUUAUUUAUGCCAACCGUAUAAUCUACGUAUUUUCAGGCAUCAUCGUGAUAAUUGUUUAUUCCUAUAUGAAUCACAAGUAGAGAAAUGUUCUAAGGACUAUUCAAAUCUUUUGUCGAAAACGCAUUUACAACUGGCUAACAGUAAUCCGGUGAAUUCACGCAAUGCUGAUGAAUAUGCAAAUUAUAUGAAAUCAGUACUCAGUGCAACGUAUUGCAGUGGAACAUUGGCAAAAGUCGAUUGUAUCAAAAGCAUUCUCAGCGGUCAUUGUGCCAAUGAUAUCAUUGAAUUAAUUCAGAAUUAUUUUCGUGAAACCUUACCAAGUGGAUGUGAAAAGACAGUUAGAUCUGUUGGUUAUUUAAAAAAACAGAAUGUUACAAAUGAAACCGAUAGCAGUGCUGAUAUGAUUAUGAAUGAUUUUCAAAUAGCCUAUAUUAAAUCUUAUACAGGUGAAGAUUUCGAUAGAACUAAUCAGCACUUCAACAGAGCAGAUGUUAUUCCUAGUGAAAUUCAAAAAACUACAGAAACGCAUACGAAUGAAAGUGUCAAAAAUUCGAGUAUUCUUGCUGUACAGAAAGUGUCAUCACAUGAGAAAAAUGAUUGCGUAAAACUAUCCUUCCAUGGAACACUAUUUGUUUCAAUACUGACGACAAAGCUGGUAGCCUACACUCUCAGUGUUCUACAAUCAUUUUGAUGCAUACUUGUGAUCCAACAGUUAUCUGAAAUAACAAGGAAACUGCUGCAUUUGUAACUAACUUUGCAAAGUUUUAUUAUACGGAAGUGAGAAUGUAUAUGGACGUUUCUUGAAAAUGCUCUGUAC